CAUCUCCCGGCGUCAUCAACUGCCUCGCAUUGGCUACCCUUGACAAGUUGACUCAUCGAGAGUAGUAGUUGGUAUUCACUAGUUACACUUUGCAGCGCUUUUGCAGCUGCUGUAGUGGAUUCACGCUGGAUUGUGGCGUGUGGUCUGUGGAUGUGUGUUGACAUAUUGUACAUACCGACACACUUAUCGUACGCAUAUGUUAUGGGCACGUAUAUAUGUUCUGUAUUGAUUAGUAUAUAAGCAUACCGGCAAGUCCCUAUAGUUCUUCACAUGGCCUCUAUCACGCAUUGUGUGUGUGUGUGUGUUUGUGAAGUACUAGAUACAUACACGCCAGUACAAUAUACAAGGAAAGGACUCAGAGAUCUCACCACUUCAUAAGCAGAUGGAGAAUGUUGUGAACAUAGAUACAAAGAUAUUGCGGAUAUCCGUAUAUAAUAGGCUCUGAAAGUGCCGUCCAUGCACACUUAGAACUCAGCAACCGUGGACACCAGGAUUAAACUUCGAUACCUUUCAAUCAAUACAAACACCGUAAAAAUAUAUAACCAUGGAUGGAAAGGAUAAAGUACUUUCAAGUGCGGAUGGGAGCAAGGUCAAGCUCACCGCAGCACUCGCGACAGCAAAAUGCCUUUGGUUUUGUGCGGCGUACUCGGCAUCGGCUUCGUACAGUGUCAGUGCCUUCUGCGCAUUGGCUACUGCCGUUGCCGGGGCUCUUCUGUGUGCACUGAACAAUCCCUUUGCGAAAGGACGGCUCAAUAGCAAACUGAUGGGGAAGGUGGCUGUGCACAGUCUAGUGACAGCUGUGUCCAUCGGUUGCCUAGCAACGUCCAUCCCGAUGCUGAGCCCCUCCCGCGUGUUCCUGAUCUUCGAGUCAACGACCGUUGUCAUGAUAACCGUGCUGAGCAUGGUUCUCUCUCGGUCCAAUCGGCUGGUGCCCAUGCAGGCCAAGCGCGGCGUUGUACUCGUACUCGUCGGCGUCCUGUGUGUGUGGUUCUUCGAUACCACCACGGCCAAUCAAUUCGCAGAGAUUGCGAGCGAGGGAGCAGCGGCCGCGCUGUCGACCAAUGAAACCGAAGAUAAUAUCCUCGAGGAGGCCAUCUUAGAUGAGCAUGCGGCAAAGGUGUUGCUCUCACCCGAGUCUGUUUCGGCAAACGAUUUCCCUACUGGGCUUCUUCUGGUGUUGUUGGCCGCUGGGGCUGAAGUUAUAGCACAGCGCAUGACGCGAAAAACCAGCAGCGACAUCGACUCGGCAACACGACUCAUUCCCAUGUCACAGAUAGGCGCAGCUAUACUGUGUGCCAUCUGGUACAUGUGCUCACAGCCCAUUGCAGAUGGACACGCCAACCCAAGCAACGGGUGGCUCAUCCGCAUGGGUGUGAUGGCAGGAGGCAUGACCUUCUUCACACACUACCUGAGCUCCAUGCUCAACAGCACGUGUGCUCGGUCUCAAUGGGCCCCAUCUACCUACAUCAUCUGCGUGUUCCUGGCACUAUGCAUGUGCAUGGUGUCUGGUUAUGCUCAGUCGCUAGGGUUUAUAGCGUUGGUAGGGUAUACGCUGAUGGUUGUGGGGACGUAUGUUAUUGGUCUGGUGGAUAGGGCGAUUACGGGCAGUGCUGAGCUGAAGAAAUCCGCCCCACAGUCGUCGAGUCUGCCGCUGGUGGACCCGAAGUUCGGAAGCGCAUCGCUGGAUUCCUUGGGCAUUGGUGGCUAUGUCAAUGUAGUUGUCAGCGUAUCUGCAAGAUAUCUCAAGAUCGUUCUGGGCGCCACUGAGUCCCGUCGCAUCUUCUACUUCCUGUGCCUGAACUUCGCCUUCAUGUUCAUUGAGUUCGGCUACGGCUUCUGGACGAACAGUUUGGGCCUGAUGUCAGAUGCAUUUCACAUGCUCUUCGACAAUUUGGCGUUGGCUAUUGGGUUGGUGGCGAGUGUGGUGGGUAGAUGGUCUAGUGAUUCUACGUAUACGUACGGCUACGGUCGUGUUGAGGUCCUCUCCGGCUACAUCAACGGACUGUUCCUUGUGUUUAUUGCUGUGAGUAUCACUAAGGAGGCCGUUGCACGCAUGUUUGAGAAACCUGAGAUGACGACUGAGAAUUUGCUUGGGGUAUCAUUUGCCGGUCUGCUAGUUAAUUUGGUGGGCAUGUUCUCCUUAGGACAUGCGCAUUCACAUGGCGGCGGAAACCAUGGCCAUUCGCAUGGGUGUGGGAGUUCAAAGGAAAAGAAAUCCGAAGAUCAUGGAAAUGCACACGACAGGCCUACGGAACACGCACAUGCACACGCACACGGAGUGCCGGAGAAUGCUCAUGGACAUGCGCAUGGGGCACCGACACAGACAUGCGAGGCUAAUCACGGCCACGGGCAUGGAGGUGGCGAUAACCACGCACACGCACACGCACAAGAGGAAGAGGAAGAGAUAGUAGAAGAGGACCAUUCCGACCACGACGCCAACAUGCGAGGUGUCUUUCUGCACGUCUUAGCCGACACAUUGGGAAGUGUGGGGGUGAUUAUAGCGACGCUGCUUAUAGAUAACUUUGGCUGGUGGAUCGCUGAUCCCAUCUGCUCCAUCUGCAUAGCCGUGUUGAUCAUUCUCUCUGCCAUGCCGUUGGUGCGUGGUCUCACCCGCCAGCUAUUGCAACGCACCCCCAAGAGUGCCGAGAAUAAGCUCAACCGCACCUUGGCCAAGGUGCGAGCGAUCGAUGGCGUAGUGAACACAUCGAACUUCCACUGCUGGCAAUACACGGGCAGCAAAACAAUCGCAACUGUGCAUAUACACGUGGACCAGGCGGCCCAGGAACAGGCCGUGCUCAACGAAGCCUCCACCUAUUUCUCAACAGCCGGGAUUCACGAUACCACGAUACAAAUCGUCAAGGAGAGUCUCUCGCACUUGCAAGCACGAGCAAGGCAACAAAACGGAUUCACAUACUCUCCAGCUACACCUGCAUACGGUUAAAGUGUGCUAACGAAUAAUAAAUAUAUCUGAUUACCUGA